CCCCGGCCUGUGAGAGGACAUGGAAGAGUUUCUGCUUGCCAGCGGCUACCAGCUUGGCAAAACCAUUGGGGAGGGAACUUACUCCAAAGUGAAGGAGGCCUUUUCCAAUAAGCACCAGAAGAAAGUAGCAAUUAAAAUAAUUGAUAAGAGGGCAAGUCCAGAAGAGUUCAUUCAGAAAUUCCUGCCCCGGGAGCUGCAGAUCGUCAAGCGCUUGGACCACAAGAACAUCAUCCACGUGCACGAGGUGCUAGAGACCAUGGACGGGAAGAUCUACCUCGUGAUGGAGCUGGCCGAGCACGGGGACAUCUUCGACUACGUGGCACGUGAGGGCCCCCUGCCCGAGCACCGCGCCAGGACGCUCUUCCGCCAGCUGGUCGAGGCCAUCCGCUACUGCCACGGCUGCGGGGUGGCUCACCGCGACCUCAAGUGCGAGAACGCGCUGCUGCAGGGCCACACCGUGAAGCUGACGGACUUCAGCUUCGCCAAGCAGCUCCCCGCGGGCAGCCGGGAGCUGAGCCGCACCUUCUGCGGCAGCGUGGCCUACGCGGCGCCCGAGGUGCUGCAGGGAGUGCCCCACGACAGCCGCAAGGGCGACAUCUGGAGCUUGGGCAUCGUCCUCUACGUGCUGCUGUGCGCCCACCUGCCCUUCGACGACACCAACAUCCCACAGAUGCUGUGCCAGCAGCAGAAAGGCGUCUCCCUGCCCGGGCACCUGGGGGUCUCCAGGACGUGCCAGGACCUCCUGAAAAGGCUCCUGGAACCAGACAUGGUCCUGCGGCCCUCGGUGGAGCGCGUCAGCAGGCACCCCUGGCUGGCCAGCCCCUGAGGAGCGCUCGCCCUGCUCCCUCCCCGUGGCAGGGAUUCCUUCUAGCAUGCCAAUAAAUUUGGAUGUCAGUGUU